AUGUGGAUUUAUUUAGUAACCGAUGCGACUGUAAACUUGGGUGGUAUAGGAAACAUGAUACAAUAUAUAAUAAAUGAAGGAUGGCGUAAUGAUACAAGUGGCAACAUUAACGAAUCUUGUGAUAUGUCAGCUGUAAUAAUUCCUUCUCCUUCUUCUAAUGAUUCGGAUUAUCCAAAUACUUCUCCUGCUCCUACUAUAAGUUUACCUUUUCAUCAAUCAAAAUCACGAAUUAAUGAAAUGAUCUCUAUUAAAAUUGAUGAUUCUAAAUCAAAUUUAUUUUUACCUGAUACUUUAAAUGAUAGUUCUCCUACUAUAGUUCCUAGUAUUGAAAAUUUAAAAAAUGAUCGAAAUGAUGAUUUUAAAAUGAAACAACAACGUGAAAUUAUACAAAGAGAUAUAUCUGUUUCUUCUUCGUCUUCUCAAAGUGAUCAUAGUAAUAUUAUGAAUGAAUUAGAUAAAAUUAUUGUUAGACAUAAUGAAGAUGUUAUAAGACAUGGUGGUGUUAUGGCCAGGCAAAAUGGUACCACAUUAACUCGUGAAAAAAGUUUAAAACCUUUUAGAAAAAGUAUUAAAAAUAAGAAUAAUAGAAAUGAUACUGUAAGCUGGCAUAGAUUUGGAAGUGGUGGAAAUAGUCGAACUUCAAUAAGAGGAUUAUUACAAAGGGUUGAAACUUUUAGAAAAGUUAAAGAUCCUAAAAAUAUUGAUCCUAAAAGUACUGAUGAAAUCAAAGAAAUUGAUGAAGAAAAUCUCCCCCCUGGUGGGAAUGCGACCUAUUCUUAUCUAUAA